AUUUGCUGGUGACCCGACACAUCCACGAUUUGAUGAUAUAGCCCCUGCACCCUCCUGUGCCACUAUAUACUCAGUCGGAAAGGUUGUAGGACAACCUAAGGGUACUAUCAAGUCUCUCCCUAUUGGUUGGAGAUCCUUUGAUUUACGAUCCUCCUAUUACGAUUUAGAGGCUGCCUCCAAAUCAGCUUCCCGAAAGUAUUUUGUUAUUAGGUGGUACAUACCAGCAGGAAAGAGGUGGGAGAGCACAAAAUUACCCCAAAUCGAUAGUGUAAUCCAAAUCACUGGGAAAUUAGUUGGUAGAGUCAUCGUUGAUAAUGCAUCGUCACAUUCUUUUCUUGGUUGUAUAGUGUCGUCAUUAAAUUAUAUUUCAGUAAUGCAAUCGGGAUUGGGGGGUGGGUCUGUUGGAGAAACCUCAAGUAGAUCGGAGUCUAAAAAUGUUGGAAGAUCUUGGGGUGCUCGGGAUCAGAAAAGAUCUGCGAUGGAUGAUUCAAGUUUGUAUUCAAGUUCUCCCCCCCCUCCAAAAAUUACUGUUAGCUUAUCUUCUAUUUCCAAACCUACUACACCAGCCAAAAAGAAAGCUUUGAGUGUAUCUAAUGACUGUUCUGUCGAUGACGAGUUUGAAGAGAUUGGGGAUGACAUUAUUGGGGAUGUUGGUUCUGAGUAG